AGAAUGCGUUUCCGUCUUUGAGUAGGCCUACAUUAAGUUAUGAUUAAGUCGGCUUAGUCUAAACAAAUCUGUUAGUUAAUGUUAUGUAGUCUUAACUUAAUUAUUCAUCAUAGUGCAAGAGAUAAGUGGUAAAAGUGGAAUUCAGGUGCGUACAUUAUUUCUUAACGCAUUUCGUACUUUGUCAUGUAAACUUACGUGUAUUCUUUAUUAAUUAAAUGCAGGCAGUAAUAAUUAACUAAAAAUAGUCUAAUUCUAAUACUGAAUUUUAAAUCGCUUUUAAAAAAAAAUAGAUUUCUAAAGAGUCUUUAGUCUUUAAACAUCCCCCAACCAAAGUUAAAGACGCAGACCUCUCCUUACCGUUUAUUCAUUGUUGAUCUAUUUUAAUAAUAACAUACAUCAUAAAUCAUAUUCAUGUAAUAUGGACCAGUGGUUUGUUUCAAAGUUGGUGAAAUUUUAAGUAAAUAGAAGUUACUUGCACAAACGUCCUCAGCCUCCUCACAAAAUAAAUACAUGAUGACAUAAUAAUUUAACACAUAAUAUCAACUAGUCUAAAUUUCACCCUUAACUUAGGUAGUCUUACUACUACUUGUGUACUGUAUGUUAAAGUACCAAGUGAGAAAGUCUACCUCUAACUCUAAUUCUAAUCAUAAUCUUCCUAGUUUGAAAAUGCAUUGAUUUAGCCUACUUAAAAAUCAGAGUUGUGCGGUGGAAAAGCGGCAUCCUAAAAAUUGUGCCACUUAAUCAGGGCGGGGUUGCGAUUAAGCUAGUUGAGUGUGGGGCUUUUGCAUAAAAUGAUAAUCUAUAUAGUCAUAUAAUUCUAAUAACAAAAGGGCCUUAUGUAAAAAAAACAACAACAAUAAAACAACACAUAUAUUAUAUAUAUUUGAACACAUAGAUAUUUAAUUUGCAUAGCAAUUCAAAAGCAACAUCAAAAGUAACAGCACAACAGGCAAAAAUCAACAUUAUUAUUUAAAUAGUAAUUUUAAUAGAUUUUAAAUCUGAUUUACUAAAUUUGCUCAUGAUAAAAAUAAUGAAUUUGAUUUAGAAUGAGCAAAUUUUUGAGGAUAUAUUUUAUAUAUCCAUUUCCAUUUCAUGCAGAAAAUAUGUUCAUUAGUUUGCAGUGGCGUAGCUAGGGUUGGUGUCACCCGGUGCGGUAAACUCAUGGUGUCACCCCCCCAAACUUCUAUGAUCGAUUUUUUCUUGUUAAAAUAAGUCCACAGUAUAGCAUCAACCUUGAACUUUUAAUAAAGCACGCAUUUGGAUUGGUUACAUUUGUGAAAAAUAUAUGUGUGAUCGGUUAUUCUUUUAUGAAUCUCGAUUUUUGCGAGCAAUGUGUGCCCUGUAAAUAUGCAAUUUUUCAAUCGGGUGUCACCCCUAAAAUGGUGUCACCCGGUGCGGUCCGCACCCCCCGCACCUGCCUCGCUACGCCACUGUUAGUUUGGGAUUUUCAAUAUCUUUUGACCCAUGGUGCUCCUUAGUUCAUUUUUAUGUAAUAAGUUUCAAUUUUGAAAUUUCUCCACUGCCAUUUGUUACCAUGGUUACUAUUUGUGACAAGAAGAUGUGCAAGGUGAUUUCUACAUUUGGUAAAUAAGACCCUAAAGAAUUAUUAGAAGCUUUUUUCAAGUUUUUCACUCUUUAGCUAAGACAUUCUAUUUAUAUAGCCCUGUUAGUAAUUAAUAAUUUAUUUUUAUUUUUAAAAAAUGGUAGAGGCCUUACUCUGAUUAAAGUACUAUAAAUUAUAGUAAUGCUUACAUAGGAACAUAUAAAAAGCAGUUUAUCAUUAUUUCAACUGAAUUAAUCCAGCUUUGAUGGAUCCUGUUUUGUAUUAAUUGGAUAGAGAUUUAAAAAUUUUUAAAUAAUUUAAUUUCCUUCAGAAAUUUACUCCAGGAUCAUAAAUUAAUUAAAAAAAUAAAUGUUGAACUUAUUUUGUUAGAGACUAGAGAGACUUGAUCUUUUACCACACCACCAACUGGGAGGUAUUUUUUUUUUACACUGUUUCCCCUGACAAAUUGAGUCUUCAGUUGUAUCUUUCUCAAUAAUUAUAGAAAAUUAGAGGCACAUAUACCACAAAUGGCAUGUUUUAUUGCCUAUUGCUGCUCUCUUGAACACAUUUUAAAGAAAUAAACUAUAUAAUUUUUUGGACUUUGUUUGGUUUAAGCAUCAGGUGGUUGCUUCAUCAUGCUUUACAUCAGCCAAUUGAAAAAAAACAACACAAAUCUGAACUUAUAUUUAACAUAAAAUUGUGUCAAUAGCAAUGAACUGUCCUGGUUGAACUUCACAAAUAUUGCUUCCAUCAAAUGGGAUGGAACCGCCAGAGAGUAAUGUAGAACUCACAAGCUCAUCUGAUCCACACAAGUUUGUAUUAGGCUCUGAGAGGCUUGAACAGGGAGGCACUAGCUGUCUGCAUAAUGGAUCUGAACAAAACAGAAUUGAUUUAAACCAAGAUGGAGAUAAGGAUACGGAUAUACAAGUGGAUAAUGCUUCAGGUACAGUUUCAAUGCAUAACAGUUAUUUCAUAUUUGAUUAAAUACUUAAACAAUUUAUUUUUCAACAUAACUAAAAAAUUAUCUCACUAUAUGAAAUAGAAAUUGAGAUAAAUCUUACUUAAAUAUUUCUUAACACAAAUUUUUUUUAUUUACAGAUGCUGCAAGUGUUUGUUCAGAACUCAGCAUUGGUUCUUGGAAGUCAGCCCCUGCCACACAGAGGUCCAAAACAAGUGCUGGGAGCUCCAUCAUUCGUUCUAUCUCUAGUCGGGCAAGGCCAAUCAAAGAACAUGAGGUGAUGAUUAUUAAUUGAGACUAACAGUUUCCAGGUUUCAUCAAAAUAAUCGACCAUGCUUUGCUUCCUCUUUGAUAACCUCUGGUGUCUGAGAGAAUAACUUAUGUUGCUAUAAAUUAGUGAAAACUUCUACUUAACGCUGUUUAAAUUUGGCAGCUUCCAGGAUCAACAUUCUUAUCCAUUGAUCUCAAGCCCGGAGCUAUGAGGAACCCUGAGUCGGCCAAGAAAGGUACACGGAAAUAUCAAUUAAAUACUACAGAAACAGCUUUUGACUAUCUUUAGUUAUUUAAUCCUUGAUGUACUUGGUAAGGUAUGUAACAGACUGAUAAUGUGAAUGGUAUUUUGGGUCUAUUUUUCUAUUCAGUUUUUAUAUCUGAAAAAAAGUCUGGCCAAUGAUAAGGAAACAAUAGUUUAAUAUCUGAAGAAAUACUUUUAAAAAUCUUAUAUUCUUCUAGCUUUUCUUCUAAAUGUGAUUAAAUUUUUUAUUGUGGUAAAACUAUAUUUGUUUUAUUCUAGUUUCAGUUCUCAAAUUGCUUUCUUUUUGCUGCCAUAUUUCAGAUAGGUCAUUUGUGAGGUCCAGCUGUGAGUCUGUGUCUGCAAGAGCUAAAACUGGACUAGCAUCGAACCGUUCAAAUUUAUCUGAUGGACAAACACUGUAAGGAUAAAUAGAUUACAGAGAUGAAAGUAAAAAUAUUUUAGAAAUAUAUGAACUUAAUUUAUGAAUUAAUUAAUUUAGACUUUUGAGUUAGGAAAUAAGCGAGUUGAGACAGAGUUAAAAUGUUUAGGCUGUCAUUUAUGCACUGCGGUUCUAGUUGUUCUAUGGCUUUCUUUCACUUUCAGUGCCAAGGUUGCUCCCUUGAGAUUACAUUCUGCUAGUUCGUACACAUCACCCGUUCAGCACCCUGCCAAACCCAAUUCUAAGGUCAAGAUGCCAUUUAAGCACAGCACCAACAAGCCUGCCAAAACACAUGUAUGUCUCGUAUUGCUAGCUGCAAAAAUCUAGGAGUACAAAUAGCAUUUUAAUGUGUGUUAAUGUUUGGGCCAUGUAAUAUGUGCCCAUAUAACAUUUAGAUGAUUAAUGUAAAAAAAGAAAUGAUGCUAAGGACAUUAAAAGCUCAUCAGGUAACAUAGAAUUAAGUAAAUAGCUUUCCAAUAAAAAUCCUCUACUGCAUGUUUGAGAGAAUGUUGAAAGUUGCACGAUUAAGCGAUAGGAAAGUAAUGUAUGAUUACAUAAUAUGGUAGAAAGCUGCAAGGACAUUAGUAUACAAGCAAGGGUAAUGUUUGACUUCAUAUUUAGAAAACAAAGUUAUUAAUAUUUUUGCAUCGGUAAUACAAAUACACCGCUACCAAUGCAUUUAUAUUUGCUGUUUUAUGAUAAGACCAUCAACUAUCUGUGAAUUUUUACAUUUGUUUCCCUGAUCUAUGAUUCCAGGUGAGUGUACAGCCUGGCCAGGACAUCAUUGAGCGUACAGCCCUUGCGACUCAUGUUGUCGGGAAAAUCCUGAGAGAUCAGAGGCCGCCAAAAGUGCACCAUGUUCAAGGUCGUCUUCUGAAAGCUAGGUUUGUUCAUAACUGCUAAAUAAACCAGAUGUUUCAUCAGCAAAACCAUUAAAAAAUACCAUAGAGACAAUGAUGGUCAUCUACUGCAUACUGGGCUAUUUCCCAUCUUCUUGACUUAGUCUUGCCUUUGGAUCAGAGAGGCAAGGACGAAAGAGUGAGGCUGAAUUGAGCAACUCUCCUCCAUUUUAAACACAUUACAGCUCAAUUCAAGGGCUACUACUUGAGUAGAAGCCUUGGUUAUCCUCCCAUGAGGAGUACGAACGAUACCAUAAGUAACAGUAAACCUCUUUUUGUUUUUGAACAAAAUUAUUUCCAAUUACCAAAAAAAAAAAACCCAAAAAACACAUCAUUUGUGUGUUCUCUGGGAAAAGCCAGAGGGAUUAGCCCUGCUUGGCUGUUAGAUCCUGCUAGUCCUGAUUGGCUGUUAGAGCCCGCUAGCCCUGAUUGGCUGUUAGAGCCCGCUAGCCCUGAUUGGCUGUUAGAUCCCGCUAGCAAAAAUUUUCAGUUGAGGUAAGAGAGCUGUAAAAACAUGCUAUAGUGAAUUUGCUGAAAGUUUCAUCAAAACUGUAAUCAUAUCUUUUUCAUAUUGAUAAUGAUUGAUUGUAUGAUACAGUCUGAAUGUGCUGACAUGUGAUGUUGUGAUUGAAUGAUACUGUCUGAAUGUGCUGACAUGUGAUGUUGUGAUUGAAUGAUACUGUCUGAAUGUGCUGACAUGUGAUGUUGUGAUUGAAUGAUACUGUCUGAAUGUGCUGACAUGUGAUGUUGUGACCACAUUUAAUAAUAUGUUGGUCAUCUACCACCAGAUUAAAGCCACUGGAGCCUGUCAAAAUGACCACCCCCACCAUACAGCAGUGCAGAGGUAUAGUUGCAGGUGAGGAUCGGAUUAGUGUGUUGUCCAAUCAUACUGUGGGCCAGUUUUUCCCACUAGGCCAACCUGGGCCAUGGCCUAGGGGUGCAGCGGCCAUGGGAGUAUAUUUAGAAGAAAUAACCAAAUGUUUACACAUUUUUCCGUAUUAUUUUAAAGAAGGACAUAAAAUCAUGCUGUGGUAAUUUGGUGGUGCUGUGGUAGUUUAGAUUUGAAUUGAAAAUAUAAUGUGGUUCCAAGAUUUACAAAGAUGGUAUUAAGUGAUUUUUUGUAUAAAAAAAAGCCAACCUAUUAAACAUUAAAUUGGAAGUUAUAAAUAAACUUUUUGAGGAGUGAGGGUGGGGUUGUGCAUUAUUAUGUGUCGUGGCUUAGGACAGUGGCGAGAAACCUUUUCAUGGCAGAGAGACAAAUCUUACAUUUUUUAUCUAGUUUAAAAAAUUUAAAGAGCCACAUGAAUUUUUGCCCUUUAAAAAAAAAAUUAUUAAAAAAUCUGAUUGGCAUUUAUAACAUUAAUUUUAGUAGAGGCCGAUUAUAUCAACCGUGACACCAUAGAAGCAGCCAUAACACCACAGAAGCAGACAUAAUGUAUAACUAAAUUCAAAUUUAAUUUACACAUUUUAAAAUAAAAACAUUUCAGCAAUAUAUUUAAUUAUCCAAGAGCCAGAUGAGAAAGCUCAAAGAGCCACAGGUUUCAGACCUCUGGCCUGAGGUGUCAUGGAUAUGUGUAAAUCCCGGCCUGAUCACACCAGUUAACUUUAAGAUUAUUUUAUUUGCAGUCCUGUUUUCCCAUUGUUUUGCUAACACCCUUAAAUUGAACUGUAAGAUUUCAUCUCAACACCAUAGAUUGUAAACACCUUCAAACUUCAGAUUAUGUCCCUUUGCAAGAUUAUGUGCCUUACAAAUCUAUGUCCUUCUACAAGGCUAUGUCCCCUUCAUUUUUUGACUCAGAAACAAGAGCCUACACAGCCAGCAGCAGCAGGACAUACCAGAGGUGGAAGGCCAUCAUAUCAGGGGCCCAGGCAGGCAGGGACCUCAACCAGGACAGGAUGUCCGUCACGGAGUCUGUUCACAGGACGUCGGAGGCUUCCUCCCCAGAGCCGACACUGGACCUGAGUCAAGACACAGAUGACGAACUGCUGGCCGUGGGGGAUGAUACUAAAGAAAACCAAAGGUAGUGCCUUGCCACAUUUGUGUACAACCAAGGGUAAUCACAUGGCUUGUCACAUCAUAUGGGUAUAUCAGCAAGGGAAAUGGCUUGUUACAUCAUACUGGUACAGAAGCAAGGGUAAUGGCUUGUUACAUCAUACUGGUAUAGAAGCAAGGGUAAUGGCUUGUUAAUCAUACUGGAAUAGAAGCAAGGGUAAUGGCUGUCACAUCUGUCCUAGAAAAAGAGGUUGCCUGGUGGCCUUUUGCACAUGUGAUGAAACACAGGAAAGACAAAGCCAUGUAAUAUAUUAUUCUUGGUUUACCUAAGAGUCUCACAAAAUUAUUGUUGUGUUAAAAUCUAAAUUUAGUCUUUGCAAGACAAAUGAGCACAUCUGCACAAGACAUUUUAGUUAUUCCCUUGCUAAUUAAUCUAAUUAAUUAAAAAAAAAAAAUUAACAUCAUAAUUUUAGUUUCAUCCACUAUAUGAGCUUUCGGGAUAGUUGAACUUAUGUUCCUCUAAUAGUCUGGCUGUUGUAGUAUUUCUAUAUACGGUCACAUCUAAUAAUAGCCUGGCUGUUGUAGUAUUUCUAUAUACGGUAACAUCUAAUAAUAGCCUGGCUCUUGUAGUAUUUCUAUAUACGGUAACAUCUAAUAAUAGCCUGGCUCUUGUAGUAUUUCUAUAUACGGUAACAUCUAAUAAUAGCCUGGCUCUUGUAGUAUUUCUAUAUACGGUAACAUCUAACAAUAGCCUGGCUCUUGUAGUAUUUCUAUAUACGGUAACAUCUAAUAAUAGCCUGGCUCUUGUAGUAUUUCUAUAUACAGUCACAUCUAACAAUAGCCUGGCUGUUGUAGUAUUUUUAAAAAUAAAAAUCUCCUUAUUGGGUGAACAAAUAUUAUUUAUUGAAUUAUGCCAACUAUUUUUUUCCUUCCAGUGGUGUCCCAGAGGGGGUCCCUAAGUUUGGUCAAGGGCACAAAGAUCAUUGUGAAUCUGGCCUCAAUGAAGAAGGUAAGAACAAACACAGAGGUCGCCACAGAUGUAAAGGAGAUUUUAAUAAAUCUAUAAUAAUGUAGAACUGAAUGUAAUUAACUAAUUAUAAAAAGUGUUGGACUGCGAUAAAGCUUUAAAAUAGAUUUAUUAGACACGAACAAUGUGUGUCAAUUUAACAAUAUAUGUUAAGCUUUAAUAAUAAUUUUACAUAAUACAUAAGUAGACGUUUCGGCGCGUGCCUUCAUCAGUACAAAUAUUAUGUAAAUUUAAUUUAUACUUACUUAAAUGUUUUGUUGUUGUACUGACUUGUAUUGCCACAAAUUGUUUGUGUCUAAUUAAUCUAGAACUGAAUGUCCCUGGAUCAGGGAACUCUGGCCUAGAAUAAUGUACCAAUGACUGAACUGGUUACUGACAUUUGUAAACCAUUGGUCAUAUUUGACUGUUGCUGCCAAAUAACUAGACACUACAUGGGUUUUAUUUAACACUUUAUACUUGGUAAGAGAACCCGUGUUUCUUAUGUUUCAGUUGAUGCCGAGGAAAGAGAAAGUACCAAGUAUAACAAUACACCAAGCCACAAGUAUAACAAUAUAUCAAGUACCAAGCAUAACAAUACACCAAGCCAGCGUGAAGUGAGAGCUGAAUCUAUGGACACCAUGGGGACCACAACACAUGUACAAGGUGGCCUAGAGAGACACCAAUUAGAUUCCAACCUGGCUGGUAACAGUAGACAGCACAGCACUUUCAUCACUGAAGAUUCUCCUGGUCCAAGUAACCUGAGAUCAAAGACAGCUCUGGAUGAUGUCAGACCAAUGACAGCUGUGGACAAUCUCAGACCAAAGGCAGCUGUGGACGAUAUCCGACCAAAAACAGCUGUCGAUGAUAUCAGACCAAAGUCGGUCAGAUUCGCUGAUGACAACACCAGACAAAAGUCUGUUAAUCCUGCAGGUCAAACUAAAACUGAAGACUUGAGACAAAAAUCGUCUAAUGGAAAAUCUUCCUGCCGACCACCGUCCAGUAACAACGACAAAUUCGGAGACUCUGACCAUGAAGGUGAUGAUGGCUUUCCUGAAACUCGAGCAAACAGCGGCCCAGCUCUAAAUAAAAUGCUAUCCAACAAGAGCUCUGGUAGACUAGACUCCAGCUCUCGGGCCACUAGCGGUACUGAUGGCAAGCAAUGUCCAUCAAUAUCGGGAUCAGUUGUCCCUAACGAUGGCGCCAGCUCAAAAGACAGGAAUUGUGAGUCAGUGCUUUCAGAAUGUGAGAACCAGUCCACUAUCAAUAAGGUAGUUCCACAUCCAGUAUCUGCUUUGCACCCAAAGUCUGCCCCAGGACCAGUGUCUGCGUCACGACCAGUGUCUGCUUCACAUCCAAAGUCUGCCCCACGACCAAUGUCUGCCUCUGUGAUCUAUGAGUCUAAAGGAAGCUGUUCCAGCCGGGGAGAAAGUCAGGCGGGUUUUAUUGAUGUGAAGGCCAAGUUGGAUGCUAGGUUUGCCUCUUACAGGAAAAAACAUGAGAAAAUCAAACACGUGAGAGUGGACAGUGGCCAAGCGAGGAACGAUAAAUUGUCAGCUUCUGAAUGUGAAGGAAACAGUGGACUAAAUGAUCAUGACAAACCAGCCAAGGAAGUGACAUCGUCACUAAUGGAGAGAAGUCCCGGGGCUGAUUAUUCUCAACACACUCGAGUGGUCCAUCGGCCGCCUAAAUCCAAUUCUCAGAGGGACAGAGCUUACCGAACACUUAGGAAAAGUAUGAAGCCAGCCCAAGAUCGGCCUGACAGUUCUACGGUGCAUUCUGACACAGAGGUUGGACAUAGAAAGCCGAGGUUGAAGAGCGCCAGCAGAGAUCUGCGACCGGUCAGUGCCGAGUGUUUCACAGAGAGGAGUCAGAUUGAAAGCAAGCAUGGGUUGACCCAGAGGUUAAGGCCCAGAAGUGCUUCCUGUGAGAUCUUAAGAGGACAAAGUUCAUCUCGUCUCCCAGGUAACACAAAUGUGAUAAAAGAAGACGAAACAAAAAGACGAAAGUUCAGACCUCGAUCUCCAACUAAAGUUCAAUUUAUGGACCCAAAGGAAGUAAACAAGAAACGCAAGGCAAGAAUCAGGAAGUUUUCAGGCAAGCCAAGGAAGUCUGUCAACAGACAUGUUGUCCCAGAGGAUGAUGGUGUGUUUGAUGCAGACAAAAUGUGGGAGGAGCUACCAAGCGACCACUCAGAUGAUGGGCUGGACACUGAUGACCCGUUCCUGUCCAAGUUUGACCAACUGGAAACUGAAUUUGAAAUGGCUAAGGCUGAGCUACAAGGAGAAAAAAUGAAAUGUUUACUCAGCUUGUUGGAAUUGGACACAAUAAAGGAAACUGAAAAACCUAUCCCAGAAACAAGUGCGAGUAGAGAAGAUGACGAGACAAAAAUGCACCCCAUUGAUGUAGUAGUUCUUCCGCGUGAGUUUGAAGAGCCAAGGUCACAUGAUGAGAAUGGAUCGUCAGAAGCAGCUGGAAACUCAGACCUGUUAAACAUUCCUUCCAUGGCCAAACAACAGAGGAAGGCCUUGUUGUUGGACACAACCAUCAGCAGCAACUUGUACAGGAAGACCAACCGCUAUGUGCCGGUAAAGAACAAAGUUAAUCGGCCAUCGUCUGGGUACAGGGUAUCUGCCAAACUGAUGAUGGCUGGAAAUGAUGCAUCCCAGGGGAAGGAUCUGGAUAAGGGAGGUAAGGGAGAAAUGGCUGCAACACAGGCGGCGGUUCAGGAGAUGGAUGAGGACUGUGACCAUAACAAAGAAAUCAAAGGAACCAUAUUAUAUCUACCUGCAUCAAAACGUAUAAAUAAAUCUGCACGUGAAGUUUUCAGUGGGUCGGAAGAAUUGACAAAACCAGAAGAUGUCAAGAAGCAGCUCGAAAAGGAUUAUCCCCACUUGGUAGACUUUCAGAAGAAACAGUAUUGGCUCAGCUUGCAGAGAGAGCAAAGAGAUGAGGAGAGAAAUGUGUGGGACAGAAGAAGGUCUGAUGCCGAGAGUGUUCAGAACACAGAGAGGUACCAGGACCUGGUGCUGGCUUACAGGCAACACUGCAUGGAGAGCAGUGAUGAUGAGGUGGCAGACGAGGGCAUCACAGAUUGGAAAACCAAGUCGCAAACUGUACAUUGUCCGAGAUACCACAGGAGGCAUUCUAAGCCAAUAAAGACGGACACGGCAACUAAAGGCAGUCAUGUGACCUGGAAUGAUGAGACUAAUAAGAAGUCAAGGCCAUGGAGCGGGACAACCAAUGACAGCGGUCUUGAGAGUGACAGCCCUUCAAAUUUAGAAGAGGAGGAGUCUGACCAGAUCGACCCAUUGGAUAAACCAGCGUCCGGUGAGCCGGCAUUGAGCCUAGCUGACCUGAGACCAGCUGCCAGGGCCGAGCCCUGCACAUCCACUAACAAUGGUACCAGGGCUGUGAAGGAGGGGCAGCCCAACACACAUUCGGAACAGAAUGAUCUCAAGUUGAAGAUAACUAUGAAUGAUGACUGUGAGAUUGAUCAAGAAAGGUUCGUACAGCAACUCAACAUGUUUUCUCACAACUUGAUUUCUCUUUUUUUGUUUUGUUUUUUAGCUAAUGUGUGUUGGAAAAAUAUUGUUGAUACGAGUCUAACCACUUCAUCUAUCUAACUUUAAAUAUGUUUGAUAUGAGAGUGAGCACUUUAUCAAGCUAACUUUAACUGAUGUUGACACGAGUGUAACCAUUUUAUCAGUGUAACUUUAACUGAUGUUGACACGAGUGUAACCAUUUUAUCAGUGUAACUUUAACUGAUGUUGACACGAGUGUAACCAUUUUAUCAGUGUAACUUUAACUGAUGUUGACACGAGUGUAACCAUUUUUAUCAGUGUAACUUUAACUGAUGUUGAAAAUAAAAUUUGGAUUUUAAUAAUGACAUUAUUAAUUUUCUCCCAGCAUGCCCCUGGAAGUGGUAGCAUUUCCCAAGAAAAUGUCCAAGCCGAGGUGAGACGAUGUUGUUCAUUUCAUAUAGACAUCUUUUCAAUGUUUCCCAAACUGUGAGAGGUUGGCACCUUAUAAUGCUGUGGCCACCUUACUGGGUACUUCAAAAUAUUAAAAACUUUCACUCGUUUCCAGUCCUCUUUUUGGUUGAAAAACAAAUUUCAAUGCUCGUUACAAAUGAAGAAAUUAAAAUGUAAAUAAAACUCUUAAUCAUAAUUUUAUUUUGAAAAAAAAUGUUUUUGACCUGUAUCAUGACUCGAACUUAAUUGCAUAAAUUUUUCUUCCAGAUUUGCAGCUAAGAAAGAAGAAGACAUGUCAGUCUUGUGUAAAUUACCUCCCUUGUGUUUCCAACUCAAUGCCAGACCUCCCGUUGGGCAGCUCUUCUAUUUUGCAUACGACCAAAACAUGAGCCCGGACAGGUACACCUUUAAUAACUCAUCUUUUCUCUUUGCACACACAUCUGUUCUCAUUGAACACAAAUCUUUCUUUGAACAUGUAUCUGUUCUCUUUGUACAUGCAUUUAUUUUCUUUGUACAUGCAUCUGUUCCAAACCUGCCAACCCUUCCGAUUUUGUAGGAAUUAUAUGGACCCCUCAUUCCGACCUUCCGACAAACCCCUUAAAAUUCCGUUUUUUUUAACUUUAUAAUUUUUCGCCUGUCAUAAAAAUCAGAAAGGGACCACACAAAAAAAUUGAGUACGACAGGAAGUGUUGCAUUUGUUUUUACAAAGUGCAUACAUGUCCGGCGACCGGGCGAAUAAGGAAUAAAUUCUCGAGAUAUUAGUCAGGCUAGUAUUUAUUCGACCAAGUCACAUGACCACCGUAACAAAGUUGAGCGAGAUAUUUGUCCGUCAGCCUUGUCAUGUGACCGCUAAUUGUCUAUCAGAGUUUACGGUACUUAAUUUCAACAAAUUCAAGAUAGUACACGAAAAAGAAAUAUGUUCAAUUAUAAAAAAGAAAUACUAGAACCAUUGCUGGUAUAGAUAUAAUGAACAAUAGGUCAAAAAGUGACAAUGUUUUUUUUAAAGCGUGGCAUGCCCGCCGGAUAAAUAUCUCCUGCACUAUUUGUUCGGUCGCCUGGCUGUAGACACUGCCUUGUUUUUAUCAAAGCGAACCGCGAUCAUCAAAUCAUUCUUCAAUCAUCAAUUGAUCCGAUCGUGAUUCAUCCUUAUUACAAGGCUAAAAAAUUAUUCAGACCUUUUUUUAUGUUAAAGCUUUUCUCAAUUAAAUGGUUAAAUCUAUUGAAAGUGAUAGGUACAAUGAUAAUAAACAUUGAUGGAAAUAUUGCUCUGGCCAACUCCGAUCGUUUUCAUGCCAGAGUCAAAGAAAUGUUUCCAGACUUGCAGAAUGCUAGACGAUUGUAAAGAAAAAUUACAAUGAAAUGAGGGCAAGCAUGAAAGGUGAUACUUUUUCUAACUUGCUUGUAACUAAAACCAAUUGCAAUGCUAACCUUCAGUUGUCUGAAGAGCUGUUGGACAAGUGCACAAAGGCACCCAGGGAUAUGCUGGAGAACUGAACUCUUACUAAGAGGCCUAGCAGCCAGUGUGUGUGUGUACAUGUAGAUCUGUAUAGAAACAUUUCCAGAUAGGUUCUUCUCAUGUUCUGUUCUGUGGACUCUUCAAAGACAAGGGAGGUAACUUUAUAGGCAACUUUACAUUGCUUUAUUUACUAAAAAAAGGCUUGUGCAUUAGUCUAUAGAUUUUAAACCAACCCUCCUCAGGGUGCCACCCCUGGGGGCAGCGGGCCACUUCCCCCCUGCGUGCAACCCCCCUAAAUAUUUUUUUUGGGCAGGUUGGCAGGUCUGAUCUGUUCUCUUUGUACAUGCAUCUGCUCUCUUUUUAAAUGCCUAUGCUCUCUUUGUUCAUGUAUCUGUUCUGUUUGUUCAUGCAUCUGUUCUCUUUGUACAUGCAUCUGUUCUCUUUGUACAUGCAUCUGUUCUCUUUGUACAUGCAUCUGUUCUGUUUGUUCAUGCAUCUGUUCUGUUUGUUCAUGCAUCUGUUCUCUUUGUACAUGCAUCUGUUCUGUUUGUUCAUGCAUCUGUUCUCUUUGUACAUGCAUCUGUUCUGUUUGUUCAUGCAUCUGUUCUCUUUGUACAUGCAUCUGUUCUCUGGUAUUUGCAUCUUUUCUUUUAGUACAUGCAUCUGUUCUUUAAGUACAUGCAUUUUUUGUCUUGCACAUGCAUCUGUUCUCUUUGUACAUGCAUCUGUUCUCUCUGUACACAUAUCUUUGUUUUUCAGAAUCUGCACAUACCUGGCCUGUGACCAAUGUCCACAGAGGUUUUGGGGACUGCUCUUUGGGUUCGACCUUGUGUUCAAUAAGAAAGGUAAAGCCGAUCCCUUUUGCCCGGCCAUUCAUUCUAAAAACCAUUACUUACUUAAGUGCAUUGGAUUCUUACAAGACUCUCUUUAUCAUCUAUGGGCAUUGUGAGAUGGUAGCAUAUUGUCAGCUCCAGUGGGAACUGUUGGGAUGGGCAUAGGUUAGUUAAAAUAAAAAUAUCCAGAGACAAAAAAAGUUAAUUAUGUAUCAGAUAACCAAAAACUAAGCUUAAAGACUUGCAUUUUAAAAAAUUAAUAUUUGACAAUUGCAAAUUAAACAAAACGACUUGCAUUUUUUUUAGACUUAGUUCAAGGUUAAAUUGGUUAUGAUGCAGGUGUUUCAAAUUCUUUGUAUUUUUAAAACCUGAUAAAUAUAACCAAAUAAUGAAUCUUACAACAAAAAAAAAAUUUGGUCUCCUCACAUGAAUUUAAACAUCUGACCAAAUCUGUUACCACUUGCCUACGACAUCGACCACCUGUGUUUACAGGCAGUGACCAGAAAGAUGUCGGGGGAUUCCCUAACCUGGAGUACAACCCUGGGUCAUCCGUUGAAGGCUGCGUCUACCAACUGACAGCUGUCCAGCUGGAACGUUUGGACACAUUCAUGGGCUAUCCUCAGGUGAGUGGAUUCAGUAGCCUAAGCUGCUCUUCUAAAUGGCAUUCAGCUGGUGUACUCUGGUGGGCGCGAAUGUGCUGAUGGUGUACUCUGAUGAGCACGGAUGUGUUGAUGGUGUACUCUGAUGGGCACGGAUGUGUUGAUGGUGUACUCUGAUGGGCACGGAUGUGUUGAUGGUGUACUCUGAUGGGCAAGGAUGUGUUGAUGGUGUACUCUGAUGGGCCCGGAUGUGUUCAAGAUUUCAAUUAGUAGGAUCUCAUUAAGCCAUAUUUAAGACUAUUGCACAUUUUAAAUUUGGGAAUUUUGCACAUUUUAAAUUUGGGACUGCUGCACAAUUUUAAUUUGAGACCAUUGCACAUUUUAAAUUGGGGACUAUUGCACGUCUUAAAUUGGGGACUAUUGCACGUCUUAAAUUGGGGACUAUUGCACAUCUUAAAUUGGGGACCAUUGCUUAUGGCUUUGUUUGGUGUAUGUCUCCUGGCAGUGGUUCCCAAAAUUUUAAGUUUGAGAACUCCUAAAGUAAAAGAUAUAAUUUGGGGCAACCCAACCCACACACACUCUUUAUAUAACGUCGUUGUUUGAAAUGAUUAAAAACCGGCAUCCAAGAGUUGUCUUUUAUUGCAACCCUUGUUAAAUCUAACAGGAGGAGAUGGAAACUAAAGUGUUUAAUUUUUUUAUUUCUUGAAAAUAUAUUUUAUAUGUCUAAAUAUGAAUAAUUCAUUAAUUUGGUCUCAUCUGUCCAGUUGUAUGAACAUGUGGUGCUACCAGUCUGGAUGUCUAACUGUCCGAGUCCAGAUGACCUUGGCGUGGCUCAGUACUGCAUACCAGCGGUCACCUACAUUGCUCAGAACAGUGUCACAUGGACGGGUAUGUGUAUAUCUGUCCAUAUGCUAUCAACAUGUUUGUUAUAAAAUUUGGGCCAUGUGAAAUAAGACCAGUGUUUCUCAACCUGUACAUUGGAUUUUAUAGUAUUGUAAAUUAAUACAUUUGGAGCAUCAAUCACAUGCAAUCUUGAUUGUAUGAAAUUAUUUUUUUUUGUUAAACAAUUUUUUAUGCUUCAGUGUUUAUUAAAAACUAACACAGUAAAGACUUAUUGAAGAAUUUUUUUUGUAAAAUGUCAUUUUUCGUCCAUCAAAGUUCUAAAACUUGCUUUGCAGAAAGUCUAACUUUGGGGAAGAUAAGACCUUCUUUGAAGAAAGUUCAUAAUUUUAAACAAAAUUAAAAUUCUAUCACUGUUUACUAUAGACGAAAAUUGGAAAAAAAUUAUUUAUGAAGUUUCUCAGCAAAUAUUUCAACAGAUAAUCUGAUUUACUCUCACAGAGCCAGUAGAUGCGAAUGAAUAUGCCCUUUCCCAGUGCCUCAAGGCCGCUGACCUCGUGACGCCAAAAUACAGGGACCACCUUGCAUCAUUUACCACAACAAAUUCAACAUGUCCUCCCAUGGUGGAUGUUGCUUGAAUUCCAGUCAUGACAAGUGCUUUGGAUUUUGGUUGAUUUUAAAUUUACAUGAGGAUGAUGCACUUUGCUACUGUAAUCUUUGACUUAAAGAAUUAACUAAAUGGAACAUCAUUUAAAAUCCUAUGUUGCUGUUCACAUCUACAGUUAAGUGGUUCACUGAAUCUUAAACAAAAUGGAAUGAAUAGGUUAAGUUGAAGUACAGCUAUUUAAAAAUUAUAAUGAGUUAUCACUGUACCACCACAAAAUUUCCAAGUUCUUAACAAACUCACUUUUUAAUCUGUUUUAACCAUAGCUCAAUUCAUCUCUUGCCCUGACCAAGAUCUGGCUCAGAAUGACAUUUAUUAUCUAUCAGUUCCCUUGGUGUUUUCCAAUUAAUAUCGAUUUAUAGUUUACCUAUACCGCCAUCAACAUUUUCUCAUCAGCCCACCUUUGAGAACACACAAAAAAAAAUCUGUUGAUGGAAUUUAUCAAUCAGUAUUUGCAUGUUCCAUAUUCAAGCAUUAAUAUCUUUCAUAACUCUUCUCUAGUGUCAGCCGAGUCCUCCAAUUACUAGUUUUAUCUUUUCUGGCUCAGUUGUUCAUCACUGGUUACUGGAUUAUUUAUUGCCAAGCAUUAUCCAUUAAUUAAAUUUGUUAAGCCUAUUUUCUGUAUACUUUUCAUUAUUUUAAUCUGUAGCACAGAC